AUGCAAUUGGUUUACAGGUUUUUGAAGCCCAAGGCACCACUGAAAGCUUCGACAUCCACUCCAGACAAAGAUUUGGAGGAUGCAAAGACUGAUCCAGUUGUGAAGGAUGACCGCGACCGUGGCCAGAAGAAACGCGGUGGGACCUUCAAGAAGCGCCCAAUUGAUGCAGAGCAAGACCCAGCAGAGACGUUGUGUCGUCCUGUGGCCUCUGGUGAAGGCUGCAAGUUUGGUGACGACUGCAAGUUUAGUCAUGACAUGAGCGAUUACAUGAAGCGCAAGCCGAAGGAUCUCGGCGACCGCUGUCCGGUGUUUGAGGCCAUUGGUUACUGUCGCUAUGGCGUUGCUUGUCGGUUUGCUAAUGCACAUGUUGAGUGCGUGGAUGGGGUGUAUCGCAAUGUGAAGCGGGAAGGGUACGUGGAGAUGCAGGGUCACGACUUGGGCAAUGAGACGAACGAUCUCACUCAUGACUUGCGGCUGAAGCUGCGUAAAGACACGUACGAUUUCCACUCGAAGCAGCAGAUGAAGAAUGUAAAGAAGAACGGCGGUGGUCGGAAGCGUCAGCAGCGAAACAAACACGAAGAGGAGGUUCCGUCAGUAGUUGGGACAAGUGAGACCGGCGAGGAUGCAACUGCAGACAAGCUGGACCCGCCUUCUGAACCAGUGCUACCGGAGUCAAGUGCUGCACAAUGUGCCUCGGAAAGCGUCAUAAUCGAACCUGCAGCUGAAAGCGCACUGGUAGCGGAACGGAAGCCCGUCGACUUCAAGCGCAAGAUCUACAUCGCCCCGCUCACGACGGUAGGUAACCUGCCGUUUCGUCGCUUGAUGAAACAAACAGGAGCCGAUAUCACAUGCGGUGAAAUGGCGAUGGCCACAAAUCUGCUGAAGGCUCAGCAGUCAGAGUGGGCGUUGCUGCGACGCCAUAAGAGUGAAGAUGUUUUCGGUGUGCAGCUUGCGGGGUCGUACAGUGAUCAAAUGGCCCGUGUGUGCGAGCUACUUGCGCGCGAGACGGAUGUUGAUUUCGUGGACAUCAAUAUGGGUUGUCCGAUCGAUAUCGUGUGUCGUACUGGCGCAGGAUCUGCACUGAUGACCCGUCCACCACGAUUACUCGAGGUCGUGUCUGGUGCAUUGACUGGACUAGAACUUGGCACGCGCAUGCGUACGGGUGGUAUCGUGAACACACCGGGGCUUACCGUAAAGCUUCGCACUGGGUGGAGCGACAAACAACCGACUGCUCACAAGUUGGUACCCAAGUUGCAGGCCGUGCGCGCUUCACAGGCUUAUGUGAAUGCUGCAGUGGUGACUGCUGACUUUAAGCUCCGUGCUACGCAAUCCGUGGACGCAAUCAUGAUGCAUGGCCGUUCACGGUUACAGCGCUACACGAAAAACGCUGACUGGGAUUACAUCUUCCAGUGCAGCGACGCAAGAAGAGAUGGUCUCGAUGACAGUUUGUUACCCCAGGUACCGUUCGUUGGUGGUGGCGAUGUGCUUUCGUUCGAAGAGUUUGAUGAUCACCUACAAAACGGCAAGCUGGACACGUGCAUGUUAGCACGCGGUGCGCUGAUCAAGCCGUGGCUUCCCACUGAGAUUAAGGAACGUCGCCACUGGGACAUCUCGUCUUCGGAGCGCUUUGACUUGCUGAAGGACUUUAUCCGCUUUGGGCUGGAGCACUGGGGCUCGGACCAGAAGGGCGUGAAUCGCACUCGUCGGUACCUGCUCGAGUGGCAGUCGUUCCUGUGUCGCUACAUUCCUGUCGGAUUGUUGGAAACUCUUCCUCAGCGCAUUAACGACCGCCCAUCGCCUUAUUACGGACGUAAUGACCUCGAGACGUUGAUGGCCAGUGAUCAAGCAGUCGACUGGAUCAAGAUCUCUGAGAUGCUGCUUGGCCCUGUGCCGCAUGACUUCCAGUUCGUGCCCAAGCAUCGUGCUAACGCGUACCAAGCUGGUUCAUCGAAUGAAUGGUAG